CAUGGUAACUGCAGCCCUCUGAGGCAGUUGCAGCUAAUCCUCAGGAGAUUACUCAACUCCACUUCUCCAAAGAGUGGUUUUAUUUGCACCACCGAUGCCCGAGAAUCCUUCCAGCUCCGGGUCUCCUGUUCAUCCCGCCGGAGGAGCAAAGCAGCCAUUACAGCGGCGGAGAGGAGCCGGGGGUGGGGGGAGAACGGUUCAUCCGGGGCCUCUGAGCAACUCCCCGGGGAGCUCGAGGGAGUCGGACAGCCCUGGUCGGAACAUGCACUUCAGGGGCAGUGCUCCCACGUUCCACCUCCUGCUGCUCCUGCUGCUUCUUUGUCAGCUGGAGGUGAGGGGGGGGCGGGAGGAGCCGGGGUACCUGAAGGCCGCUCUCCGGGCUUUGGAUCUUCCCCCGGGUGCCGGCGAAAAGCCACGGCUCCAAAAGAACCACACCGGCGUCCUGAUCGCCAAGUUCCUGCGGGAGGUGCACUGUGCGCAGCGGACCGGCGCCGCUCAGGACGUCUGCGGCGAGUGCCUGACCCCAGAAGUAGCUCUCUCUGUCCUAGAGGAUGAUGGGAAAACUUACAUCGCUGAGGAGGACUACCACAGGAUCUCCACCGUUCUGCUGUACUACAUAAUUAACUUGCAAGACCUUUGUAUGUCAAACGUUGCCAAACCCUCCUCCUCCUCCUCAUUUAAGAACUAUCAGUUCUACCUUUUGGCCCUCACCAAUCUGCACCCGGCCGAGAACGACCUCUUCUUAUCAUCCAGUGAAACAGAAAGUAUUCUGCAGCUCAUUAACGAGCACUACGAGCCCUCCAAUCAAGACGCCUCAGCUGAUUUGCAAUGCGUCGAUGCCGCUCACCUCCUUGAGGACGUUGACCCACAAGAAAGUCCAGGUGCUGGUGUUUCCUCUGUGCCCAAACUGGCUGCUGCCAUCAUCACCCACGUCCUGCAGGGACACUGCUUCAGACGGAGCAACCUCCCGUCUCCUGCUUUCUUUACCGACUACAUCUUCCAGUCCCUAAAUUGCACACGGGGCCGGCAGGUAAUAGACUUGGAGGAGUUGCUUCAUCAGCUGGGAGUGGGACGAGAAGCAGCGUCACACUCUCACCACAGGAGGAGGCGGAGUUCCCAGAAAGGGGGCGGGGCCCUGACUGCGGUCUGCAACCAUGAAACUGGUGGAAUAACCAGGGACUGGGCACAGGUGUGUUAUUCAGCCAAUCAGAUGUCGGAAAUUUUCGCGCUGAAUCCUCAACUGCCAAUUUCCAAGGAGCACUUCAGGCAAAUGUGCCCUGCCAUCGUUCAGCAGUUGCUAGGCAAUGCCUGCGAGUCUGGAGAGGAGAAUAGAAGAGGACCUCCGCCCACCGCUCUUGAGAGGUACGGCUACAGCACGGCGGCCGUCCUGCUCAUCACGGCGGGCUCCAUGCUCGGCAUUGGCCUGAUCUUCUUCAACUCUUGCCAGGAGACCUACGCGCUCAUCCUGCAGCUGUUUGUGGGCUUGGCGGUGGGAACCCUCUCGGGAGAUGCACUCCUGCACCUCCUACCACAGAUCCUCGGCCUCCACCACGACACUCACGAUGAGGAACACUUUGCGGAGGAGAAAGAGCAUCUGUGGAGGAUUGUGGCCGUGAUCGCAGGCAUCUACAGCUUCUUCCUUAUCGAGAGAGUCAUUUCCCUUUUCUUUUCUUCUCAUGGCCACGGUCAUGGUGACCUUCCCUUGGAGGUCAACCGCAACGGCCAGUCACAGAGGGGCAAGUCCAUCUCCACCAUACAGCUGGGACCAGUGGAUGACUCUGAGAGCACGGUAGCGUCACCUGAACACGUUGACAGAAGGAGCCCGUCACACCAGGGGCGAGGGGUCCCUCGGCUGGCUGUGAUGGUGACCGUGGGGGACAGCCUCCACAACUUCGCCGACGGCCUGGUCCUCGGGGCGGCCUUCUCCUCCUCGGCCGAGACGGGCAUGGCGACCACCGUGGCCGUCCUGUGCCACGAGAUCCCGCACGAGAUGGGGGACUUUGCGGUGUUGUUGAGCUGUGGCCUCUCGCUGAAGACCGCCGUGCUGAUGAACCUCCUGAGCGCGCUGACGGCCUUCCUGGGGCUCUACGUCGGCCUCUUGGUUUCCUCAGACAUGGAGGUGCAGCGGUGGAUCUUCGCCGUCACUGCUGGGAUUUUCCUUUACUUGUCACUGGUGGAAAUGCUUCCUGAGAUGACCAGAGUGAAGACCGGCAGGCCGUGCCUCAUGUUCCUCCUGCAGAACCUCGGCCUGUUGAUGGGUUGGGCCUGUCUUCUGCUCCUCGCACUCUUUGAACAUGAACUCAAAUUAUAAACGCCGCUUACGUGAGUCGUGGCGUAAAAUCUCUCCCCGGCGGGUUGUUGGUUUAACGUGCGAGUUGUUCAUGAUGUUGUAGUCUCUGCACUGGAUGGUAAUUGUAUUUUAGCUGUGUGAAUCCUUUCUCUUUUUUAUACUCGAUGAUUUAUUUUUGUAUGGUAGGUGCCUAUAUCUAGACAGUUAAUUGUAAUUAAUACACAAAAAAUGACCUUAUUUGGCUGAUUCCAGUGCAAUUAGACAAUCAAAAAAAUCCAGAAUUCCUCACAAGCAAAAUAUAAAGUGUUGUAAAUGCACGUAUUUGAUCAUCAAGACACAUUUUCAGUCCCUCUUUAAUCAUAAAUCAAACCCUCUGUAUAAACACAUGUCUUUCCAAGUAGCCAUUAACGCUGAUGACAUCCAUAUUGUCAUUAAUGUAGGAACCAGUGGAUUUAGUUCUUUUCAGGAAACUUCCCAAGACAUUGUGACCGAAAUGAUUCGAAAAACACACAAACCACUAUUAUUAUGCAAAACAUGAUUGGCUUAAUGAGAAACUCUUGUAUUAGAUGCAAAGAAUGGACUAAGCACUCACAAAUACAUUUAUUUUUGAAUUCCUGUUUAGAGAAACGCUGCUCUCUUUGAGCUUCUCAUCUCAGAGGCAUUGUUCUUUGUUUUUGAGGCCUCUCUGUGAUCCAAUAUCAGGGCCCCCUUUCCACCCACCUGAGCUACUCGUUCCCUUCAUCCGCCAACCUGGAUGACUAAUGCUCGCUGUUCAAGACGGAUACUCCGGAGCGACGCGGCCCACACAGCGCACACGCUCUUCAGCGGGCCAGAGUCGGCCCGGGCCAGGAUGGAGGUGGAGGAAGAGGAGAGAGCGUGACGAAACGAGAGAAACAGAAAGCGGGCAAAUCAACCCAUUUGCACAUCUAAUUGGAUUUGUGAUAUUGAAAAGAACGAGUGGGUUUAAGAGAAGGUUUUUCUGUUUUUAAAUCAGCUGGCUGUGAUUAAAUUUCCGGUGCUCUCGGCAUCAAACACGUUUUUUGUGCAAUUUAAACAAACCGCUGUCGAGCCUUUUUUUUCUUAUUCACGUCGGGGAUUAGUUUCAUUGCACGAACUGCGUGGCGAAUUAUGUCAAUUUACAUUCCCGAGCUCACAAUCGAAGUGCCAAGUCAGUUGUGUUGACAGACAAUUUGUCUGAUCGCAUCAGAAAACGCUGACACCACUUAUUGUGGCUUCCCGAAAGCUGUUCAAACAAUAGCAGGAAGUCUGCUGCAUUUUCUCCUAUUCUAGCGAUUUUGCUGUUAUUUUGGAAAUGCGUGUGUGUGUACAUUUUCUUUUCUUUUUGCACCAAAGAGGCUAGAUUAUUUUGGCAUGUGUGCAUCUUUUCAAUUGCCGGAAUGGAGGAAGGAAGAGCUCUUUAUCUGGACCGCCGUGGCGUGCACGCAGAGCACCCUCACGUGCUCGUCAGGGGCCCGUCAGGAGAGGAGUUCAGCAGGUCGUCGGGGGCAACAGAACACACAGAAACGCAUGGCAUGUGCCAAGAGAAGAGACCAAAAGCAAAUUCCAGUUCCCUCGUGUUUCGAUCUGGCCCAAGUCAUAUCUUGUGCUUGUUUUUGUUCUCACACUAAAACACCUGGUAUCGACGUGUAAAGUGGGAUUUUAGUUGUAGACUUUUAAAUGUGAGUAUCU